AUCGGCGUGCACAGCGAGUUGUCGGAAACCGAUAAUAUUGCGUUAAAACAUGGCGAUGUUUUCGGUCAUACCAGAUAGGCGGUAGGCGCUCCGCGGGCGUUUCCUUUUGGCGCGAGGCUUCUCCACGUUCACCCCUCACAAGAAAACCCCAUCGUUUCCCUGCCUCUAACACUCCCUAUUGGCUUGCCAAUGGCGGGUCUUCAGUUCUCUCUGAAUGUUUCUUUUCGUUCUGCAACCGUUCCUCCCUCUUCAAUGCUUCGGCUCCGUCCGCCUCUAUCAUUCCCCAAGUCGUGCACCCGCCUCAAGACCUCUAGAAUAGUUGCCUUCACGAGCAAUGACAUCAAGGUGGGGUCGAAUCUUGAAGUGGACGGUGCUCCAUGGCGUGUUUUAGAAUUUCUCCACGUAAAGCCUGGAAAGGGAGCAGCAUUUGUCAGGACCAAAAUGCGCAACUACUUGACAGGAAACACAGUCGAGAAAACAUUCCGUGCUGGAACUACGAUAAAUGAGGCAGACAUUAUGAAGGAAACCAAACAAUUCACAUACAAAGAUGGUUCUCAGUUCGUGUUUAUGGAUCUGUCAUCUUUUGAAGAAAGCCGUAUAAGUGAAGCAGAAAUUGGCGACAAAAGGAAAUGGCUAAAAGAGGGAAUGGACUGUAGUGUUCUCCUUUGGAAUGGAAAGGUUAUUGAUUGUGAGCUUCCCAUUACUGUUAAGCUUACUGUGGUUGAGGUUGAUCCUGGACUAAGGGGUGAUACUGCUCAAGGUGGAUCGAAGCCAGCGACGGUCGACACGGGUGCUGUUGUGAACGUGCCAUUGUUUGUGAAUAUUGGCGAUGAGAUUUUGGUGGACACCAGAACAGGGGAAUACAUGAGCAGGGCCUAGAUUUUUCCUUUCUCCUUUUUCUCCUUGCCCUUUGAGCUCUCGGGGUAGACAUGACUAGGGAUCUUGAGCGAACUUUGAGUUAUCAAGGUUGUGGCUGUGGCUCUGGGGGCUACGCAUGUAUGAAUGAGUGUAUAAUGUUAAUUUUUCUUUUUAUCCUUGAUUGAUUAAAAAAAGGGAAACUCUGCAAGGCACUCAUUCACUCUCUCCAUUCACUCACUAAAAUCAUGCAACACUUUCCAAAAUGAAAUAUUUGCAACUCAA